GGCGCAGGUGCGCGCCGGACACCGGGUCGCGCGCGGCCGAGUUGCGGAGGCGCUGCCGGGAUUCCAUGAACCCGUUUCUGGUACCGCUCCCGGUGCAGUCGCUGCGUCUUGGAGCUUCAUUCCCUCCUCUUGUCUUGCUGGACUGAUGGUGAAGAUAGGGCCAAGCCCAGCCCAGCCUCUUGGUCUUGCUCAUUUGAGAAGAAAAGUGUUUAGCAUUCCAACUGCGAGGAGGUUAGCCUGGCGGCCUCUACUGUAGCUGGAACAGAGGCCAAGCCACACCACAGCUGCGGGGUUGCAGUUCCAUGGUCUCCAUUCCGGUUUGCUGAUAACUCCAGUAGUUCCUCUCCACCAUACCUUAGUUUAAUAAAUAAUUUCUUCAAGCCGGAGAAGCUAACAAAGGAAGGGAUGAGGUUUGAAGAAAAGACAGUGAUGGAAAUAAUGAAGCUGAACAAGCAAAUAAAGCAAGCUCAAAUCCAACAAGAACCACUAAUGGAGGAAACCAGGCAGCUAUACAGUGAGAAGUUCCUUGUCCAGGCUGAAAACAAAUUCUUUCUGGAAUACCUGACCAACAAAACUGAGGAGUGCAGAAGGCAACCUGAGAAGCUGUGGAACCACCAUUUACAAAAAAGUAGGGAAAUUGAGCAAAGCAGAAAAGAAUCAGCCUCCAAAUAUGCAAAACAAACUUCAGUGUUUAAAACAGAGCUCUUGCAGAAGGAAAAGAUCCAAUCCAAUCUGAAGCAGCAGUUGCAAGCAAUGAGGCACAUUUCCCUAUUAAAGGAGGAACAGGAGAGAGAAAUGCAGACAUUACAGGGGGAGAAAAGGCAAAUCCAAGCUGACACGGCUGCCAAGAAGGAGGAAGUCCAGGUUCAGUUCCUCCAGGAAAAAGCAUUACUGGAGAAACAACUGAGUGAACUAGACAUGAGGCAGUUGGGAAAGAGAGAAAGAAAGGAGCUUAACAGGAAGUCCCAGGCCUUGGAGUUAGCAGCAAAGCAAUGUAAUUUUGAGUUCUGCUGUGGCGUCAACAGAGAGAACCAGCAGUUACAGAAGGAAUUACUACAGCUGAUUCAGCAGUGCCAGGAGUUGCAGACUGCUCAAAAUCAGUUAAAAAAUCAGAAGCAGCAGCUGCAGCAGGAACAGUGGUAUGUGGAGUGCUUAAUCCAAGGGAGGGAACUACUGCAAAGAAGGCAUAAUUGGUGCCUGGAAGGACCAGGUGCUCCAAAGACAAUAACCCCUUCCCUAGGCACCAAACCAAGGAUUAAUCCAAAGUAAUUCCUAGAAUAACACUGAUUAAAUAAAUAUUGGAGCAAGUUUGUUAGGUGCUGCAUAAACCUGUUGGGAAGGCUUUUGAGUCUGAUUGCUAUGGUAAAAUAUCACAUGUUCUUGUGCAGGAUUACAUGUUUCCUAGCAGUACUGCCAGAUGUUUGUGACUGGCUUCCCUUAAUUAGGUUUUUCUUUAAUUAGCUCUUGUAAGAUGUUCCUCAAACCGCCAGAUAACCUAUUACCAUUUGCCAAACACUCAUAGAUUAAACUAGCAUAAGAAAACCACCUUGAGGAAGUAAGAGGAAAAUAGUUGUGUGAUUUAUUUCAUUUGGCUAUAUUAGAGUUCUUUAUAGAAAGAGCACCUUUAAUAGCAUUUCAGAUUGACUUUGUGCUUUCUGCUGUGUAAGCAACCAGUAUCAGUUUAUCCACUUGCCGCAUCAACUCCCACACAUGUAGUCUGAAGCUUUUUAAAUAUGGUUUUCUCAUUAGUGAAAAGGUACUCUAACGCAAGUUCAAUAAACUCAAAGCAAAAAAAGGUACUAGGCAGAAAGGCCUUUCAUCUGAUGCUCAACCCCUCACAAUUUUAGCUGUGAGCAAACUAAGAUAAAGGGGACAUAACAAUAGGCCAAUUUUUACUUUUGAAAAUGUUUUCUUUGAAGAAAAUCUCUGGCAUUAAUGAGGUGACCAAAUGCCUCUGCUGGUUUCAGUAAAAUAUAUCAAAAGAAGUAUUUUUUAAUAUUUGGGCAACUUUAGAGUCUUGUGCCAUCUAUUUCCCUAGCAACAUUUUCAAUUCUAAGACAAGAUUACUUAAAUACAGUAACUUAGUUUUAGGUCAUUUAUUACAUUUUCUUACUAUAUGUGUACUUAAUAGUAUGAGAUUACAGAAAAUUAAUAUGUACCAUAUAUUUAUGCCUGUUUAGAGUGGGAGUGGUAUUUUAAGUAAGUAUAGACUUUUCAUGUUUCUUUUUGCACUAAUGACAUAUUGUUGGUUAGAUCCAUGAUUUAAUUCCGAAUCCUAGUAAAAUAAUAUAAACCUUUAUUCUAACAUUGUUCCUCUAUGGGAAAAUAUAAUCAACUUUGUUUUCCAGAAAUUGUCAGUGAUGAAAAAUUUCAAAAUAACUUCCCUGAAUUUUGUUUUAUUCAUAUGUAAAAUGAAUUCCUUUAAAAUUAGAUUAAAAGGGAUUAUCCCUCAAUGUUCCUUUAACUUCUAGCUUUGAUAAUUUUUCUGUCAAUUGUAUAGUUACUAAACUUUUUGUUAAAAUAAAAACCUUGGGACUAAAAUUUAUCCACUUUUAUUAUUAUUCCAAUGUAUUUUCUACUCUUAUUACCAUUUCUGCAUCUUAUUGACAUUAGUGUGCACAUCAUAAAACAGAAGUUUUAAUGCAAAAAGUAGAACUUUAGAUACCAUGCAGGUACCUUAACUUGAAUUUUUUGUGAGUUUCAAAAAUACAGAAGGAA